AUGAGUCUAGAGAUUGUAAAACGUCGAUUAUGCUGUUGUUUAUACAAGGGUCGACAGAGUAAAUACACGGACUCGGUGCAGUACAACGCCGAUGAGCAUAAUACAGUGGUUGUUACACAGCCAACAACCAAAACAAAUGGAUUCCACGAGAUAGCGGAGCCCCCGAGGAUUAAUGGGACCACGAAUUCGGGAUUCGAGGAUGAUGCCCAAGACUUUGAUGAGGUGAAUCUGGAUGAAUAUGAAGUUCCGGAGAGAUAUAAGAAGUCCGAAAACACAGAUGCCAAGAAGAAUGGUGAUAAAGAACAGAAAGAAGUGAUCCAAGUGACCGGUCUAAUGCUGGAUGAUCUGUAUGAGAAGAAUGAAGGGUCAAUGGAGAGCGAAGAAUACAGAGAACCAGACGCAAAUGUGAUUACAUCGGCCAGUGAUGAGGAUGUGAAGUUAUCUCAGACCGCCGGAAUUCAUCGAUUACAAAUUGUGGAGAAAGGAGAUGAGAUUAAACAGGAUUCAAGGACAUCAACUGAGAGUUCAAGUAAACCGAGGAGUGAGAGCAAUGAAGAUACGUCGUAUUCGGAGGCCAUAACCACCAAUAUAAAGACAACAAAUCAAACAGUAACUACGGUAGUCAAGACUGGAGAGAUCAAGACGGAGGCAGCAGAUCCUGAUGUUGUUCUACAAAGGGCCGCUUACUUCAACAAACUCCCAGAUUUAGAAGAUUCCGAACAAAUAAUAGUGACUGCCACUGAAGUAAGAACAACAAAAUCUGAGGUGAAGUCUCCGGAUGAUGGAAAAUAUGUUGUCACAGACCAUGAAGCCAUCCCAAAUUCUUCAUUGAAUUCUCCAGAUGGCUUAAAACUGGAUGACAUUCAAGAAGAAGAUCGAGACAGCAGCGAUAAAGAUACCUCCACGAAUACUUCCAACAGAACAACUGACCGAAGUCGGCCAAAUGUAUCAAUGUACGGAGAAUUAAACGAAGAGAGCAGUGUGUCAUCGACCAGUCGAUCGGAUCCACAGCCAGAUACGAAGGGAUCAGGAUUAUUUUGA